AUGGAGCCCAAUAUUCAAAGCCCGUGGCUCAUUAUGGGAGAUUUCAAUGUAGUACUCCAACCUAAUGACAGAAUGGGAGGAAGUGCAAUACAAGAUAUAGAGGUGAAAGAUUUUGAGAAAUUCUUGGGGUCAACUGGCCUAACAGUGAUGAAAAUAGUGGGAAGGUUCUAUACCUGGACUUACUCAAACAUUUACAGCAAAAUUGAUAAAGCUCUGGUCAAUCCUUCUUGGAUGUCUCUAUGUCCCCAACUUGCGGUUGAAGCUAAAGACCCUUAUUUUUCUGAUCAUUUCAUGAUUUGCAUUACAUUCAGCAGGAACCCAAGAAAGGUGGCAAGACCCUUUAGGUUCCCGAAUCACUUGGCUACUCAUACAGAGUUUUUUAAUAUUGUCGCUACUGUGUGGAAUUGUAUUGUGCAAGAAAGGAUACAAAAUAUCAGGCAAGAUCAAUAUGAUAUUCAAGAGAUGCUAAGAACCUGCUACAAUGAUCCAAAUUUAUAUGAUAUAGAGAAAGAGCUUAAACUCAACUUAGAGAAAUGGAUCCUAGUAGAGGAAAGUAUCCUAAAGCAACAAUCUAGAGUUCAAUGGCUGAGGCUAGGAGACACCAACUUAGCUUUUUUCCAUGCUUACCUCAAGAAUAGGAUUGCCCAGAAUCACAUUAAUAGGCUGACCACUACUAGUGGAGAUGUAGUACACACUGACAGGGCAAUUGAAGAAGAGGUCAUUGGAUUUUACAAGGGACUUCUAGGCACUUGUGCUACACGACUACUUGCAAUUACACCUAGUGUGAUAGUUGAUAACUCCAUUCUGAAAAGAGAACAACAACUGUCUCUUAUAGCUCCAGUCACAAGAGAAGAAGUCUACUUUGCUUUGAAAGAUAUAUCCGAUCUAAAGUCCCCAGGAUGUAAUGGUUUUAAUGCCUACUUCUUCAAGAAGCAUAGCCUAUUAUUGGUGAGAAUGUUUCAGAUGCUGUGA